CAAGCUUGCCACCCUGUUCGCCAACGGUCCAAUCAAAGUGAAAGUGCCACUUCCAGGGUGGGCGUACAUGUUUGAAGAGUGAUGACCGCGAGAAAGAAGUGCAGGUGUUUGCUUUGCCAGACACCGCAGAUGCUAGCAUCAGGGUCACGCGGCACAGGCGAGUCGUGACAGCCAGAAAAUGCUUCGCAAUCAGGCGGCAUUUUCCUACACCAGCUCUACUGCCAACAAGCAAACCUUCCUGCCACAUUGGCAGGCCAAAUGCAUGAUUGCCAACAAUUUGUCAGCCAGUGAUGCGAACUGGUAUUCAAGUGAUCCUGGGUUGGCAAAGCAUCCAUGUCGAAGUGUCACCGUUGCUGGGUUCGGAGAAAUCUUCACUGGCUAGUUCCAUGCCUUGGUCUUCAGCAUGAUAGUGAGAGAGCAUUACUGCUGCCCUGCUUUGUCAGAAAUCGAGGUGAUGAAGACAGCAGCAUUGACUUGGGAUGACUUAGGAUCUACGGCAUGGUCAGUGUCAAUCGUCAGCCUUGAGUUCUUUCUCCAGCAAUUGAUGACUGUAUCAACCUCAAGGUUGCAAGCGUCAAAGCGUGAGCUGUGAUCAAUACCGCUGUGAGCUACCGAUAGCUACCGUGCCCGGUAAGUUAUCUGGACAUUGGGAGGGCCACGUGCUCUCCGAGAUCAAUUGGAACAGCGAGGUUUCUUGAAGGAUGGGUCUGUGAAGUUGACAUCUCAUUCACAAAUUUCACAACAAUCAUCCUUUCAAAUCCUUUCAAAUCCUUUCAAAUCCUUUCAAUGUGUUUGCGCAACUGGCUUAAGAUUCGGCUGGCCUAGCACUCUUUGCAUCGAAGAGCAGUCUGUUCAAGCUUCAAGGACGUGGCGAUGGUUGUUCCAUGUUGUUCCAUCAAGAGAGUGUUGCCAAAACAGUUUACCUUUGACGAAGGAUCAUCAGCUGCAGCUUCAGAGCUGAGCAAAUGGCUUCACAAUGCGUCCUAUAGAGCUGCAAUUGGAUGGUGGCAGUGGGCUGGCAGACUUUGGGCACUUGGAUGGUCACAUUCCACGGAGGGCGAAGCGAUUUUAACAGGCGACUGAGCAGCAAAAAGGGGCGACGGAGGAUUCAGAUGGACGUGGGAUCCACUUGAACUUGAAAAUCUUGAAACACUGAACAGAAGCGGCUAUGACGAGUCGGAAAUCAAACAUCUGGCAAUUUUAUGCAAUUUUCAGAUUCAGCUCAUUCGUGUAACAUGGUACGUCGUGGUUGCAUACUGUUGCAUACAGUGGCACGAUGCACGUGCAAUGAUUGGCUCAAAGGGAGGAUCUGUCCUUCCUGGCACCAUGGCGCCGUCUUACGCCUUGAUUGCCACGAUCCUGGCGCUCAGCGGAGCGGAGGCCUUUGUUGCGCCUCGGGUGCCUGUCAAAGAUGUUGCUAGUCGGCGCACCUGGGCGUCUACAUCCACGGCGCGGCAGAGCAGAGCGAGCGCUUUCACUUGGUCCUCCCUAGCGAGUUGCGCAGGACUCCUGGUUGCUGGCUUUGUGCGCUCCAGUCGAAGAGACACGCCCCCUACUACUAUGUUCUUCAAGAGAAAGUAUGGAGGCCCCAUCAAGCAGGACUUCGAUGCAGAGUAUGGUCCACAAUAUCAUGGUUUCAAGGGAACCGGUGGCAUUCAACGCAGCUCUCGCCUGGGUUUUCCUAAAGCAGGCCAGCAGCGAGUGAUCCCAAAGCUCAGCGGAGCGUCUUGGGAGUACAGAAAGAAUAUGAUGAGAAACCUCACGACUCAGAUCAUCCGCUCGGGUCGCAUUAAGACCACUCGUGCAAGGGCCGAGGCCCUGACCCACUUUGUGGACCGCAUGAUUUUACUGGCAAAGCGCGGUGACGACCUCUCAAGACGUGAGGCAGGUGAGUGGCUGUACGACGAGGCUCUUGUCAACAAUCUCUUUCAGCUUGUCUCUUGGUCUGCGAUAUGGACGAGCCCCUUUUGUGCACUGUUAAAAUUUGUCCGUGGUAGUCCCCAUAUAGCAGCAGUCAGAGUUCAGAAUCCAACUUUUCUGAUUUUUCUGGACAUAUGAUAUCAAUUGAUAUCGAACAUUAUGAAACUGUAUAUAAUGAUGUUAAUACGAAUGUAUUAAUAUGGACUGAUUUGGAAUAGUCCCCAGCUGUCAGAACAGCCAUCUGAAGUGUGCGACUGUGAAGCCAAGGGCCCAGACCGAUACAAAGAUCGCGAGAAAGGAUUCACGAAGGUGACCAGGACCAUGAAUCGACAGGGAGAUUGGUCCGAGAUGGCAUAUAUCGAGCUUGUUUGAAAUUGCGAAACAUGAGCCCACAAACCCAAGAAAAAAC